AUGUCAGAGAAAGUAGAAGGGAAAGAAGAGGAAAAGAAAGACGAAUACACGUUUGAUGGGAUAGAAACGGUUGCUACAAUGGAGUACGAUGAAGUUUAUGACAACAAGCCAGUGGCUGAAAGAAAAAAGUUGCCAGCUCGAAAACACAAAAAAGGAAAGAAAAAGAAAAAAGCCAAAAUAACAGGAGAGGAGGGCACCACAGAUGAACACUUGGAUGUUGCAAAGGAAAAAACGAAUGAAACCAAAACUUCAAAAGUCGAAGAAAAGAGUGAAAGUUCAAAUAAAAGUUUAAAACCUUCACAAUUGUUGCAGAAAACUGAAAGCGCCGAAAGACUUGAAAACACACAAAAACCAGAAAAAGGCGAAAAGGAAGGAAGAAAAAGUGAAGGGAGUUGUGUUGGACAAGAAGGGAAACAACAAUCACCACAACAUACAAAUGUGGUAAAAGACAAAAAUGCAUUUAAAGUUCGUGAGGAAAUGAAGAAAAAGGAGAAUGCAAAAUUACGAACAGAAAUAGAAACACAUAAAGAUGUUGGAGAGAAUCCAAUGACAAGUAAAAAACUCACAGCAGUGACAGACAACGAGAAGUUGAUAUUUAACAUUGCGAAUAGUAUUGGAUGUGGGGCUUAUGGUGAAGUGUUUGUUGGGAUGAAUGCCGACUCCGGUGAAUUUGUAGCCAUCAAACAAAUGAAAAUUACACGCAAAAGUGUUAUGAAUGAAGUGAUGGAAGAAAUUCGAUUAUUAAAAAAAUUGAAACACAAACAUAUUGUGCGAUACAUCACUUCAACGGAGAGUUAUGGGUCAUUGUAUAUUGUGAUGGAAUACAUGGAAUCGGGGUCACUUCUUAAUAUCAUCAAAAAGUUUAACAAACUGAAUGAAGCGCUCUCUGCAAAGUACGUGUAUCAAAUUCUUGAUGGACUUUCGUUCAUCCACGAACAGGGUAUCGUCCACCGGGAUAUUAAAGCUGCUAAUAUUCUGGUCGCAAAAGAUGGAAGUGUCAAAAUUGCGGAUUUUGGUGUCUCUGUGCAGACAGACAACACACGAAACGGGAACGAAGACGUGGUUGGAACACCAAAUUGGAUGAGUCCCGAAAUUAUCAUGUUGCAGGGAACAACAGUGAAGGCUGAUAUUUGGGCACUUGGUUGUACCGUACUUGAACUGAUCACGGGAAACCCCCCAUAUUAUGACUUGCCUCCAGCUGCCGCAUUACACAAAAUUGUUUCCGAUGAGAUUCCACCAAUUCCGAAUGAGAUAUCAUACUUAUUGAGAGACUUCUUAUUACAAUGUUUCCAGAAGAAUCCACUUGCAAGAGCAUCUUCAACAUCAUUACAAAGCCAUAAAUGGUUUGUUGAGAAUGGACUAAUUGUUGAGAAGAAGAAACGACCUGGAAUGGUUAGAAUGAAUUCUCAAAUGAAUAUGGAUGGUGCAGAGUCUCCAAGGAAGAACGCAAUAAAAAGAAUUAAAGCAGAGAAUGUCAGCGGAGAGAAAGACGAGUGGGGAGAAUCUUUUGAUAUGGGGGUCACGUGGAGUCCUGUAGUUGAAAAGAAGAAAGAGCUAAUUCGUUCUGGGUCAACUGUUGGAUUGGACGAAAUAGAUGUCAUGAAAAACACGAAAGAUGAACAACAAGUUGCUUUUAUUAAAAUGAUGGAUGACGCGACUAAGUUAAUUCAUUACGGAGGAAAGGAGAACAUUCAGAAGUUAAUGGGAGUGAUGGUGAAGUUAUGUGAAAUGUGUGCGGACUUGUCUUUUAAGAAUAUUGCAAGUUGUGUGUAUACCGUUGGUGUGUUUCCGCCAUUGAGUGUUGUUGAGAGAGAAGAGUUUAAUUAUAACCUCCCACUCAAACUCACUGCAUUUCAAGUGAUUAAUAAAAUUAUAGAAAAGGAAGGAAAUAUAAGGAAGAACAUUGUGAUGUGUGGGUGUGCAACACUUAUUGAGUUUUCUAAGAAUCAUGUGAAGUAUAACGACCCUUAUCUGAAUGAGAUUGUCAAGUUUGUGUAUAACAUGUUAGUUGGAGAGGAUGCAAGAGAGUUUUUUAGUGCUGGUGGACUAUCGUUGGUUAGUGUGUUGCUUGGGAUGAAGUAUGAUGAAAGGCAGAAAGGGAACAUUAAGAAAGUGCUUGAAGGACUUGUGAAGUUUAUUGAACGACAAAAUGAUGUGGUCAUGAAAAUAGGGUUUUGCUCAAGAAACGUGAUUUCGCUGUUGUUGAUUAAAGACAAAGUAAUAGAAGGACUCCUUCAAAUGUCGAUUCAAAGUUUUAUAGCAAAGAAUUAUGGAAUAUGUGGUAUAUGCACCAAAGUGAUUAAUCAAAUGCUGGAAUUUGUUGUGAGGAAUGGAACACAAGUGAAAUAUGAAUUUUGCCAGAGAAUUGUAUCGAGUAAGAUACUGGAAACGAUAACACAAAACAUGCACAUGGCUGUUUUAGACGAAGGUAAAGACAAACAAGAAUAUACACAAGAGGAAGCAUUGUUCCAGAUUUGUAAAACAUGUAAAAAUGUGAUGGUAGACUCGGACAAAGACUGUCUCCCAAAACUCCUUGAGAGUAAAAUUGUAUUGUUUCUCUUUAAAGUACUCUUCAGAUGUGAUUCAGUGUACUCAUCGUCUAAGAAACAAGAAAAAUUAGAAGAGUUUAUGAAAAAAGGUAUUUACAACCCUUUACAAUGUUUAAAAAUUGUUUGUGUGUCGUGUGACUUUGGAGUCAGGGUGUGCCAAGAGUUGUGUUCGAUGCCAAGUACUUUCACAUUACUUUGCGAUUUGUGUGAGGCUGCGAAAAGUUUUGAAAAGAUAGAGAAUGAUGUGUUGGACUUAAUAUUUGUCAUCUCGAAAAACCUCGUCAAGCAACAGGGAAAUACCGAUUUGAUCAAUUCUGACGCAAUGGCGUUUAUUUUGAGUAAAUUGAGUAAGAAAGGACUUCGCCCCGGUGUGUUUGCAGCAAUUAGUGGGAUGUAUUUAUCGAACACGAAAUGGGGAAUGAAAACGUUAAGUGAUAUAAAGAAUAUAGUGUAUUUGACUAUGAUGUUGAACCAGACGGAUUAUUCGAAUGGGGAAUGCGCUUCAGAAUUAAACGAAUUUUCCAAAUUGUUAAAUGAAACCCCAGAACUGGUUACUGUGUUGACAAAGACACAAUUUAUAUAUGGAGUAGUCGUGUUGAUGGCACAAAUUGACUUUGAAUUAAUGGAAACCAAAAUGAACUUUGCGAAGUUAGUGAAAUUGCUCAUACUCAAUUGCAAAAACAAAGACAAUAUAAUGAUGAAGCAAGACACAAUUAAUAUACUUAAAGAAUCGUUCAGAGACAGUCAAUCUGAAAAGAAAGAUUUGUUGUCGGACACAAUUGCGGACUGCCUUGAACUGUUACUCAUCAGACAAAACGAUGGCGAAGAAAAAGGAAAGGGGAGAAAGACGUUGAGAGACACAUCAAAAGAAAAAACACCACCCCCUUCAAAGACAUCAAAAACACCAAAAAUAAAGCCAAGCGUGUUCUCUUUUUCCUUUGGUAAAAAAUGA